AAGAAAUAAAACAUCACUUGUCCUGUUCUAAAGAAAUAGCUCUAUUAUAUGGCAAUUCGUUCAACUUAAAGUAUUGCGUUAUAUUUAAAGAAUAGAGUUAAGCAUAAUGGUUUUAUACAACAGGGUCCCCCGUUGCUGCAUGGGGCUCCGACGUACCUAUUUGGUCUGGCCAAUCCUGCUUCUCCUCCUGGUUGGUGCAGCCUUGACAGCUCUGCUGCCUCCUGCUGAGGAUCAAGGAGGCCUCAGCGUCCUGGGAGUGAUUCGCCGGGCAACAUAUCAAAAGGAGAAUCCUGCACAGGGCCACCAUGGUGACAGCACGGAGGAGGGACAGGGGUUUACCAUCAUCAUCCAGACUUACAACCGCACAGACGUUUUGCUCAAACUCCUAAACCACUACCAGGCUGUGCCUCAUCUUCAGCGGAUUAUCAUUGUGUGGAACAACGUUGGGGAGCAGACACCUCUGAAGUUAUGGAACUCUUUGGGGCCUCAUCCGGUGCCUGUGGUCUUCAAGGAGCAGACCAGCAAUCGAAUGCGCAACAGACUACAACCCUUCCCUGAGAUUGAUACUGACGCUGUGCUGAUGCUGGAUGACGACACCCUGGUCAGUGUUCCUGACAUCAGUUUUGCUUUCUCUGUCUGGAAGCAAUUUCCAGACCAGAUUGUUGGGUUUGUCCCAAGGAAACACGUCUCAACACCAGGAGGAGUGUACAGUUAUGGCAGCUUCGAACUGCAGGACCCAGAAACAGCUGGAGGUGACAAAUACUCUAUGGUGUUGAUUGGUGCUGCCUUCUUCCACCGCCGCUACCUGCAGCUCUUCCAGGACCAACCACAAGCAGUGCACGCGCUGGUGGAUGAAACGCAGAAUUGUGAUGACAUUGCCACAAACUUUGCAGUCGCGCUGUAUUUGAGGAAACACUCAAAGUCUAUAGGCAGCAUUAACAAACCCUCUGGGAUCUUUGUCAAACCUGUGGACCUCCGCAACCUGGAAAAGGAUGCCAGCAGUGGGUACCAGGGUAUGUGGCAUCGUCCCGAACACCUCCUUCAGAGGUCAUACUGUCUGAACAGGCUGACCCAGAUCUAUGGCUUCAUGCCACUCUGCUUCUCCAACCUGAUGGUCUCCCAGUUUGGUUUCCCCAGCUAUGCCAACCACAAGACUAGAGGCUGAGGACCUGCCACAUCGCUGACAGUUUUGGAUUGAAAGAAGACUGACUCAUGUAGCCGCCUGGUAAGUGUGUGUUUGAUUAAUAACACAUCAGCUGUCUGGGAUGUACUUGAUCACCUGGUGUACAGCUGAUAUUCUCAUGUUCAUGUAAUCCGUGGCUGGAAGAAAUCAUUUACUUACGGUGUGUUCAGAAUCAUGAAUGCAGGCAAAUGUUUUACAUCCUAACACAUUUAAAACUGGCAUUUAAUUUUUAAACACUGUUGAAAAUGAUUGCAACUAAAACAGAAGUGAUUUUGGAGAAAUACAGCAUCAAAUGGUUUCUGUGAGAAGAUUUAGCUGGUUUGCUCAGUGGCCUCAGCAGCACUAUCAUGAACUUUUAUCCUUUGGACAACAGCAAGGAUUUUCUUCACGUGGUCCAAUCUGAUGAAACACCCGUAAUUGAUGAGGUAAUUUGUAUAUUGUUGCCAAAGCUGCCUUUCCUUCAGCAUGUACUACUCUCUCAGUGGCUUGUAGUGGGGUGGCAGUCUUAGAUCUGGCUUGUUUGUAACCAUGAUUUACAGCACUGAUGCUGUCUCAUUCAGAUAUUACACUACAAUAUACAUUUGUUCAUGGAAUGUGUCCUUUUUUUUGGGGGGGGUGAGCUUGUGUACAGCCUCUCCAAAAUUCAAAAUACAUGUUAGAAGAUACAGGUAUUCUUUGGCCAAAGAAGAAACUGCACCAAAGUGUGAAUCAUAGAAUAAAAGUAGUAUUUAAGUAUUAUGUGCAUUGUAACAAUCUUUAUUUACAGUGCUGUGCAUGUGUGGACAAUCUUUUUUUUUUAUGUGUGUACAUAUGUUAAGUUUGUAGGACUGUAUCUUGUGAUUUAGGUAAAUAAAGCCAACAC